GUUACCAAUCGAAGUCAUUCCACAUCUCAUUUCCAAUGCCGUCCGAACAAGAAACGCCUGUUCUGGAAGUAAACCAGAAGCUUCUCCGGCAGCUUGAAGAGUUUGGAUUCUCACUGGCCCGAUCAGCACGAGCCCUUCACUAUUCUGGAAAUUCUAGUCUUGAGGAUGCUAUAAAUUGGAUCAUUAAUCACGAGAAUGAUGCAGACAUUGAUGAAAUGCCCUUGGUAUCAGUCAACAUCGAAAUUGAGUCUCUUGAACCUGACCUUACAACAGAAGAAAUCAAAAUGAAAGCACAGGAAUUAAGGGAUCGAGCUCGCCAGAAGAAAGAAGACGAAGAAAAGAAAUUGGACAGAGAAAAGGAGAAGGAAAGGAUUCGAGCAGGUAAAGAGUUAUUUGAAGCAAAGCGAAUUGCAGAGGACAAUGAAAGAAAACGCUUCAUAGCCCUAAAGAAAGCAGAGAAAGAGGAAGAGAAAAGAGCUAGGGAGAAAGUUCUUCAAAAACUAGAAGCGGACAAGAUUUUUAAAAGACCUUUGCUAUUGGAUCUAUCAGUCCAUUUUUAUGCUGAGAAUGUUUAUUUCUGUUUGAAAAUAUUUUAG